GGUCACCCAGAGACCCCGUCUUACCAACGUAGCUUGAAUCGCCCAUGCCCUACCAUCUGAGGACCUCAACACGAUCAAUGAAGUACGCAGCAAUCUUCCCCCGCGAACGCGCGGUGCAUGGUAGCCUUGUGUCUGCCAGACGCGUGCACACAAUGGUCGCUCGACCCACGCUGCCCAUAUUCUCGCUCGCCAACAAGACUGCGGUCAUCUCGGGUGGCGCUAGAGGCUUGGGGCUGGCCAUGAGCCGAUCGCUGGUCCUGAGUGGUUCCAACCUCGCCAUCAUCGACCUUCACAAACAGGACGCUGCUGAACGAGCCAUCGACAUUGCGCACGAGUUUCGGCAACUACACCCAGGCCAGCCGGUGCCUCACAUCACAGUUCAUUACGCCGAUGUGGCAAAGCAGGCCGAAGUCGACAGGUCGAUCCGCGACGUGCUCAAUGAGCACCAUGAGAUUUCGAAUCUGAUCACCUGCGCUGGAUAUUGCCAGAACAUAGAGGCCAUCAGUAUGACGCCUGAACAAAUCAAGGCCAUGCUCAGCGUCAAUCUGGAGGGCACCUUCUAUUGUGCUACCGCUGUUGCCAAGCACCUGAUGGCGUCGAGAAAGCCUGGGAACAUGAUCUUCACCGGAAGCAUCAGCGGCAGUAUCGUGAAUGUACCUCAGCCCCAGGCUAUGUACAACUCCAGUAAAGCAGCAGUACGGCAUCUGGCAGCCAGCUUGGCUGUCGAAUGGGCGAGUCACUCUAUUCGCGUCAACUGCCUGAGUCCUGGCUACAUGAUCACCGAGCAGGCAAUGAAGGCACCAAUUCUGGCAGAAACCCCAGGCUUAAAGGCAGUGUGGGAGGCCAAGAUUCCUCAGGGUCGAAUGGGCCCGCCUGAGGAACUGAUGGGUACGGUAGCGUUCCUGGCAUCGGAUGCUUCCAGCUACAUCACGGGGCAGGAGAUCAAAGUAGAUGGGGGCUACACCGUGUGUUAGUGCUUACUCCUGAUAUGUCGCGGGAGCUAGAUCAUGCAGUCGCACAAUGCAACUCAAGAAUGGAAACCGACUAGCCUCAUUGAA